GACGAGUCUCAUAGUCGAGUGCCCAGUGGCCUGUAAAAUUCGUCGGAGAUCGGCAAACAGUGACGAGUAUCACACUUAUUAAAAUAAAUCUUUAAAAAAUGGCCUCGUUGUGCAGACGAGCUGUAUUCCAGGCAUGUAGCCGAACAUUUUCCACAGCUCCAGUCUGUGGAAAAUACCGUAGAGACCAAAUGCCUGACCCCAUGGAUCUGGCGACUGGUCUUGAAAAGCGUGAGCUGCUUGCUUACCAAUCUGGAAACGACGAUCCCUUCAUGAUGAAAGGAAUCAUUCGCGGUCCUGGAACUAAAGAUCAGCCCAACGAAGUACCAAGUGCAUUCAACAGUCGUAUUGUUGGUUGUAUUUGCGAGGAAGACUCAACUAGUAUACUCUGGAUGUGGUUACACUCAGGAAUCCCACGACGCUGUAAAUGUGGACAUUGGUUUAAACUUGUGAAGAAAACUCCUAUCUAAAAUGUUAAAGCUUAACUAGAAAAUACAAAUCAUUAAACAACAACAAAGAUUCGCAUAAAUUAGUCGAUUGUUUGCAGUUACUUUAGAUAAUAAUAAUAAUAUUAUCCAUUAAUUAUUAUUAUGAUUAAAUUAUAUUAUAUUAAUUUACUUAUUAAAUAACCGGAUGGAUUUAUUUCCAACAAGACCGAUCUAUCCCGUCCUUUAUUUUAUAGUACACGAAUAAUGGAUCCUAAUUUUAUUCUACAAUUGGAUUUUCUAAAAAGGGAUAAAUUGUUAUUUAUUAUCUACAGUGAAAAUAACGGCAAUUUAAAUAAUAUAUGAUGGAAAUUAAUGAUGAUUAUUAUUAUUGAUUUUCUCGAUGUAAAUAAACGUUACCAAGUUCAAUGAUAAUAAAUGUCGUAAACUUACCGAA